GGCCGCCGUAGCCCCUGCGAGGGGAGCCCGUGCCCGGGCGGGGAGGAAGAGAAAGGCGGCCCGAGCCGGGUUACAAGAUGGCGGCGGCGCUGUAGUAGCUGCUGAGGCGGAGCGGCGCCAGCGAGGCCCGGGCCGGGGCGCGGCGGCGCUGACUCGCCAUGGGAAGCGGCGCGUUAAAGGCCCCGCGGUGCCCCUGAGCGGCCCGGCGGCCCCGCUUGCUCCCCGCCGCCCUCGCUCCAUCGCCCCCGCGGAGGCGGAGCGGGCCCGGGGCUGCACCAUGUCGGACACCCGCCGGCGGGUGAAGGUCUACACGCUCAACGAGGAUCGGCAAUGGGACGACAGGGGCACCGGGCACGUCUCCUCCAGCUACGUGGAGCGGCUGAAGGGGAUGUCGCUGCUGGUGCGCGCCGAGUCGGACGGUUCACUACUGUUAGAAUCGAAGAUAAAUCCAAAUACUGCAUAUCAAAAACAGCAGGACACCCUGAUUGUUUGGUCAGAAGCAGAGAACUAUGAUUUAGCACUGAGUUUUCAAGAAAAAGCUGGCUGUGAUGAAAUUUGGGAAAAAAUCUGCCAGGUUCAGGGUAAGGAUCCUUCAGUGGAAGUCACGCAGGACCUUAUUGAGUCAGAAGAGGAGCACAUAGAGGAAAUGCCUGAAACCAGUCCUCUGAUUGACCUUCCUACUUGUGAACUCAACAAACUUGAAGAGAUUGCUGACCUAGUUACCUCUGUUCUUUCCUCACCCAUCCGUAGGGAAAAGCUGGCGCUGGCCUUGGAGAACGAAGGCUACAUUAAAAAACUGCUACAGCUUUUCCAAGUCUGUGAGAAUUUAGAGAACACCGAAGGCUUGCAUCAUUUGUAUGAAAUUAUUAGAGGGAUUUUGUUCCUCAACAAAGCAACUCUGUUUGAGGUGAUGUUCUCUGACGAGUGUAUUAUGGAUGUGGUCGGAUGCCUCGAGUAUGAUCCUUCUUUGGCUCAGCCAAAACGGCACAGGGAGUUCUUGACCAAAACAGCAAAAUUUAAGGAGGUUAUUCCUAUUACAGACUCUGAACUCAGGCAAAAAAUCCACCAGACUUACAGGGUACAGUAUAUUCAGGACAUCAUCUUGCCGACACCAUCUGUUUUUGAAGAGAAUUUUCUUUCUACCCUCACUUCCUUUAUUUUCUUCAACAAAGUUGAGAUUGUCAGUAUGUUGCAGGAAGACGAGAAGUUUUUAUCAGAAGUUUUUGCACAAUUGACAGACGAAGCUACAGACGACGACAAACGGUGUGAACUGGUGAACUUCUUCAAGGAAUUUUGCGCCUUUUCUCAGACGUUACAACCUCAGAACAGAGAUGCAUUUUUCAAAACUUUGGCAAAGUUGGGAAUUCUUCCAGCUCUUGAAAUUGUAAUGGGAAUGGAUGAUCUGCAAGUUAGAUCUGCUGCUACAGAUAUAUUUUCUUAUCUGGUAGAAUUUAGCCCAUCCAUGGUCCGAGAAUUUGUGAUGCAAGAGGCCCAGCAGAGUGAUGAUGACAUCCUCCUCAUCAAUGUGGUCAUUGAGCAGAUGAUCUGCGACACAGAUCCAGAGCUGGGGGGAGCUGUUCAGUUAAUGGGGCUGCUGAGAACUCUGAUUGACCCAGAGAAUAUGCUAGCCACAGCCAAUAAAACAGAAAAGAGUGAAUUUCUCAAUUUCUUCUACAACCAUUGUAUGCACGUUCUCACUGCUCCGCUUCUGGCCAAUACAUCAGAGGAUAAAUGUGAAAAAGAUGCAGUAGUUGGAUCCACUAAGAGUAAUACAAUUUGUCCUGAUAAUUACCAAACAGCACAACUACUUGCCUUAAUUUUGGAGCUGCUUACUUUCUGUGUGGAACACCACACAUACCACAUCAAGAAUUACAUUAUGAACAAAGAUUUGCUGCGAAGAGUGCUGGUGUUGAUGAAUUCAAAACACACAUUUCUGGCCUUGUGUGCUCUUCGCUUUAUGAGGAGGAUAAUCGGGCUGAAAGAUGAAUUCUACAACCGUUACAUCACCAAGGGAAACCUCUUUGAGCCAGUUAUCAACGCCCUGCUGGACAAUGGCACUCGGUACAACCUGCUCAACUCGGCUGUGAUUGAGCUCUUCGAGUUCAUCAGAGUGGAAGAUAUUAAGUCCCUUAUUGCACAUAUAGUUGAAAACUUCUAUAAUGCACUUGAAUCUAUUGAGUAUGUUCAGACGUUCAAGGGGCUGAAGACAAAAUACGAGCAGGAAAAGGACCGCCAAAGCCAGAAGCUGAACAGUGUCCCAUCCAUAUUGCGUAGCAAUAGAUUCCGCAGGGAUGCCAGAGCCUUGGAGGAAGAUGAAGAAAUGUGGUUCAACGAAGAUGAGGAGGAAGAAGGCGAAGCUGUUGUACCUCCAGUUGAGAAGUCAAAACAGGAGGAUGAUUUUCCAGAUAGCUAUGAGAAGUUUAUGGAAACUAAAAAAGCUAAGGAGAGUGAAGACAAAGAGAAUCUUCCAAAAAGGACUUCAGCUGGGGGAUUCAAAUUCACUUUUUCCCACUCAGCCAGCGCAGCCAACGGUGCGAACGGUGCAAACAGCAAAUCCGUGGCAGCUCAGACAUCACCAGCGAGCUCCAACGGCUCCUCUUCCAAGAACACGGCCCUGAGCCCGGCAGUACCGGCCCCCAAGGGAAGUCUAGUUGGGCUAGUGGAUUAUCCUGAUGAUGAAGACGAUGAUGAAGAGGAGGAGACAUCUCCAAGGAAAAGACCUCGUCUGGGUUCAUAAAAGAAACCAAAACUUUGGAAUAAGAACUUUUAUUAUGGGGUUUCAAAUGCUGCAACUGUUUUAAGAGCUAAAAAGAAUCUGAAUCAGAAAGCUUUCUCCCAUGAGUAUAUAAGAUAAUACAAGGAGUAGCAAAAGAAACUCGGUGUAUCAGCUAGAAAGGGUUAGUUCUGUAAACACAAAUCUUCCAAGGAACUUAAUGUCUUUCUAGAAAGUAAGGAGUCUGCCAUUCAGGCUGUCAAAAAAAGAAAAAUUUAAAAAAAAGGUGGGUUAGUAUUCUCAGAACCUGGAUGAUGGCUUCUCAGCAAGGAAAGUCUCAGGUGUCGGGAGGGAAAGGGGGAGGGAAAGGUAUGGUAACACUUUUUUAAAAAUAUUGCAGGGUUUCCCCAUUGUUUAACAGAACUAGGAAAAAAAAAUUCAAGCUUAAAUUUUGAACCCAGUAAUCUUAAUUUUGUAAUGGUGCUGUCAGUUGUGUUCUUUUAGCAAUGCCUCUUUUAAAAAAUUUUAAGGGAAAACUAACUCUGUUUGCAUAAGAACAAUCCAUAUUUUGGGACCAUUUAUUACCAACUAAACUGCAUUUCUCACGAUCGGAGGGAGGGACGCUGCAGUUAUAGUGCAUGUUGAGUUGUUUAAAACAGUUAAAAUAAGUUUUAAUUUGUAUUUUCCAAGAGGAGAGAAUGGAAGCUGGAUUCAAAAUGGAAGGUUUUGCUUGUUUUGUCAGUGUAGACGUCCAGAAAUAUCUAUGCCAAGGAGCAGUGGCUUCCCAAGGGUCUGCAGGAGCUGCUUGUGUCACGGUGGGGCUGCACCUGGCACAUCCCUCAGCUGUUGGCUUCUCCUGCUCCACGGUGUUCCAAGAGCUGCCUCCUCCUGGAGCAGCUGUUCCCCUGUUUGGGAGCUGCGUGGUUGAGGUGGGAGUAAGAAACACUCACAGGUUUUUCACAGUGAUGGACCGAGCAGCAUUUUAACACCAAAGACAGUCUGGACCAAGAUGGGAUUAUUGCCAGGAGAACACCUUGAGGGCUUGGAGGCGGAAUCCACAAGCAGCACCUGAACCUGGCGUGGUACAAAAGCUGCUUUUUUAAAACACAAAAGCACAUUCCACAUAGGUGAGUGAACUGUGACAGGAAUAGGGGAGUUCACGGCAAGGUGACAGAGGCAAACAGUCCAGGUUUCGUUUUCAAGAGCAGCACGUGAACUGUAAAUAUUUUAAUGUCAGUUUGCCCAUAUGUGAUCUGAGAUCAUGACUAAGUGAGAGGAGAUUUCCCAGCGACUGUGUCAGAGAUGUUAAAGAUGGAACCAGCUGCAAUCCACCACAUAGAUCACUCUUGUAAUACGUGUUAUGGGUCCAUUUCUCCUGGAAUAGUUUAAACUGAAGCAGUUUCUCUGUUUUGGAGAUUUUUGUAGUUAGUUUUAAUUUUAGCUCUUGUUUGGAAAAGAUGGGCUGUCUGUGUAGAUAUGAAGUAUAGUUUUUUCCAUAAAACAGAAGUUUAUUUUGUAUUAAAGAUACCACUGUACUUGUUUUACACCAUUUGUAUACAUGUGGUGAUAUUAAUGCUGAACUGUAAAAUUCAGGAAUUAAAAUGUGACCCUGUAAUUCCAUAA